AUGGCCCCUACGCCCACUUCUUCCGGCGCUUCGAACGACGUCGACGGCGUCAAGGCCAACCACACCAGCGCCCUCAACCGCGCUGUUGUCACUAUAAAGCCGUCGAAGCGCAACAAGAACACGAAUGCCCAAGACCAACAGCUCCCGGACAUCCGAACCAUGUCCGGCGGCGAUCGCGAGUGGCUCACCAAGGGCAAACCCGUGCGCAUCUUCAAAGGGGAUUCUGCGCCGAUUGCAGACGUAGCACAUCGACUACUCUUCGCCACCUCCACCAAAGCUCAGGAGCUUGUCAACUCGAACGACGAAGUGCAUCUUCCCGCCGACGUCGACAAGCAAAGCGUGCUCGCCCUCAUCGCCGAGCUAGAUCGCAUCAUCGCGUCGAAGAACCGCCCUACCGGCCGCCUCGCCUCGAAGAAGAACGCAUACAAAGACCUGAGCAUCUGUGGUACCGCUACGCUGCUGGGCCUGGAUUUGUACACCAGCCACCUGUUCAACUUCUACUGGGCUCGGUGGCGCGAGGCCUUGCCGACGUAUGAUGAGAUCGAUGCGGUUUUGAAGCUUCCCGCAUCCCAAGACCACAAUAGCAGCCUCUUCAAUCGGAUUGCGAAGGAUCUCGCGAUUUACCUGCGCGGUGGCGACAUUGAGGGUAUGGGCGAAAUUGAUGGAUUUCUCGCUGAGCGUCCGCGUCUUGCAAAAGCCAUUGCUGAGAUCAACUUGGGCCAUGCCGAGUACCUCAAGCGCAAGCAAGGCCGCGAGGAGCGUAAGCGGAAGGCGGAGGAAGCGCGGCUUCGUCAGGAAGCAAUGGAAAAGAAAAAGGCUGAGAAGGAGAAAGACCGCCGCGCUAAAGAGAAGGUUCGAUAUGAGGAGGAGCGCACGAAUAAGGCUGCUAUUGAGAAGUCGAUACAGGAGAAGAUGAAGGUUGCCGGCAAGAAGUUCACUCCCGAAGAAGUCCGACACUGGAUGAACACGCGUGGUAGCCGUCCUCCAAAGGGCCGCUGA